GCUGCGUCUCAAUCCACAGCAACCACCAAUGGCGGUUUUCAGCGUCUGCGGUGGGAGGUGACCGAGCUACAGCGGUGUUCGUCAGACCAUGAGACAUCCUGGAGAUCGGUCUACUCACGAAAACCUCUGUAGUGUCUGAACGAAUAGGACCAUUCUAUGGAAAGAUGAGACUCUUACGAACAGGAUCUCCGUUUUACUCCGUGACCGCAUCACGGGACUCAUCAGACGUUGGUACCGCUGAUCUGCCAACUUCUGCCUGUAGCGUCCGAACAGUUUGGGCUACACACUAAGAUGGAAAGGACAACCAUGACUUCCUGUCGGAGGUGACCAGUUACAGUGAUGUCACAAGGAGCAUCUGGACCUAUCAGGAGAGCCUAACUCACACUCCGAGUCCUGACUGGGAACUCAAUAUCUGUGACUCUGACACGGUACACAGCAGUCAGGAGGAUCCGUGGGAGUUCCUGCCAGACCCAGGGAGGAGUGGCUCUAGCACGCCAGCAGGGUGCUGUGUGACGGGGCCAGAGAUGACCCGGGUGGACCCCUCUCCCCACAGACCACCACACAGCUCACUGAUGGAGGAGAAGAGAGGUCGGGAGAGGUUCAGGCGACCCUCAGGAUCAAGAGGAGAAAGCGGCUACUUCUCUCCGGACAGGAAAGCCUUAUUUGAUGAUGGUCCCCAGGCUCAGGUGGAGGGUGUAUCCAAACGGCCUUACCGGCACUAUGAGAGGGGCCAUCCGCUCCCCAACAACCACAGCCCAGAACCCAAAGCCUCCAUCCCCUACCGGAACGUGAAUCUCGGAAUUCCCUCCCAGAGGAGAAGCGAUGAAACGUUCCAGCAGGAGACCUGGAGGAGUGAGUCUCCGCAGAGAUACACCUGUCAUUCCAACUUCAGACGUGGUGGCACUGAUUCUCAAGAUCAGUCUCCUAGCCCUCGCUCCCCAUGCCCAAACCGGUAUAAACUUGCUGAAUCACGAUCUGCAUCCUCCCAACGUAGAAGCUCCCACUCCAAAAGUCGCGCUCCUUCUCACGCUCCGUCUCACUCAUCUCGCUCCUUGUCUCGUCAUCCGUCAGGACGGUCCAGUCCCUCUCACAGACGAGGUUCGGUUGUGUCUCGCCACCCCUCCCCGUCUCGAAACACGGCCUUCUACAAACACACUGACUCCUCCCAUGUAAGAAAUGGUAAAACAGAGCAUUACGCCAAUGAGCGUGAUCAAGAUUCAAGAGAGUCAAGAGAAUCAAGAGAGUCAAGAGAGCCAAGAGCGUCAAGAGGAUCAAGAGGAUCAAGAGAGCCAAGAGAGUCAAGAGACCUAACAGAGUCAAGAGACCUAACAGAGUCAAGAGACCUAACAGAGUCAAGAGAGUCAAGAGAGUCAAGGGAGUCAAGACGUCCCUCCCACAACUCAAACAGUCACAGUUUGGACUCUGAAAAACUGUACAAAAAUCUUGACUCCAUCUCUCGACGUGACUCUCCAGCCUUGCAGCCAAACUCCUACGAAGGGUCUCGAAGGCCCCGGCCCAGAACAGAUAAAAAUCCUUCUCCAACCACUCUCAGUCGUGAUAGUUGGGAAUGCUCACCCCCUAUAAGUGGCUAUGGUACACACAGCCAUUCACCCCAAACAGAAACCAAGCAUAGCGACACCAGACCUGACACAGCACAGAGCUACUCAAGGAGACCAGAGAGGGUCGCUAGAGAGGAACGGACAGAGAUGCACCCCCCUAAAACCAACCCCAGCCUCCCUCCAGGCUCCUGGCGUGGCUCCUCCCACUCCCUUCUAAGCCCUGCCCUCUCUUGUAGCUCCUCCCCACCACGACUAGGCAUCGACUCCCAGCUGCUUGCCAAUUCGUUGAAACCCUGCCCUGCGACCAUGGAAAUUAAUGACAGGCCAAUCAGUGACAGGAGCAAGAGUAAUAUAAGGCGGGGCCUGGAGUACCUGUUGACCCAAGAGGAGCCCAAGAGAACCGCCUCAGUGGACUCCCAGGGGAUGACCAUAGAGGACUACGUCAUUCUGGCCGACAUCCCCAGACUGGACCUGGGGUCAGAGGGAGAGGGGGCGGAGGUGCUACUGGCCCCGAGGAGGAGGACCCAGAGCCCCAGCCCACGUAGAGACCAGAGGCACAGGACACCCAGGUAUGUAGAGGAAUCUGAUAGCUGCAGUACGAGGGUUGAGUCUGAUGAGAGAGGGAGAGGCAGAGAGAGGGGGAGAGACAGGAGGGAGAAAGAGAAGGAGAAAUAUUGCGACUCAGAGGAUGGACAACUGUCCCGAACCCAGUCCACAACUGAUCUUCAGCCGCAGAGGUCAGACAAUCAAACUAGAAAGGGCCUCAGAUCUUCUAAACCACGGCAGAGAGAUCUACCUGAAAGUACUCAAACACAGUCUGACCUAAAGGGCUGGAUGUCAAAACUGGAUGAAUAUGGGGAGUGGAGGAGACACUGGUUUGUGAUGAGGGACGCUGCACUGAGUUUCUACAUGGACUCUGAGGCUGAGGAGUCAGAUGACCUGGAUGGAGAGAUAGACCUGACGACCUGUAUGAACGUCCAAGACUUUGACGUGGAGAAGAACUAUGGAUUCCAGAUACAUACAAAGAAAGUAGUGUUCACUCUGUCAGCCUCGACCUCCAGGAUCAGGAGGAAGUGGGUUAAUGUGCUGAGACGGACUAUCCAACCCAGACACUCUUCAGACAUCACACCACGGUCAGACAGUGAAAGAGAAAACUCUCAGCCUGUGUCGUCUCGCCAGCCUCCCUCUGUGCUCACCUGUGAAGACUCCGACCCUCAAACCACUAACUCCACCUCCAACCUUUGUCAAAUGGACUCUUUGGCCCCGGAUCUAGAUGACACCUCCCCCAACAUGUCAUCAGACAGUCAGAGAGAGGCAGGAGAGGGCUGGGACAGAGAGCAAGCCAAGCGAUUGGAGGAGAGGAACAGAUGGUUUGAGGGGGGGAUCCCCUUCAGAGAGAUGGGCAGCAGAUGGGACUCUCUGGAUCUGAAGAAAGCUGGCGUACCUGUACCUGUCACUCACACCAUGGACGUGGACGUCAACAAUAAGUGGGUGGAGUUCGAGAGUCUAACAUUCAGGGAGAUGAGCGUGCUGUCUCGGAUUGGUGCACAGACUAAUCAGACCAAUCAGACGAUUCCUAAUCAGACGAUUCAGACGACCAGUGCAACGGCCCUACAGAGGGAGGCGCUAUCACUCAGGCAGCAGGUAGAAUGUCUGCGUAAGGAGCGUGUGGAGAUGGGGAUGGAGGUGGUCAGUCUGUGUGGCCCCUGGGCCCCCUGCGGCCAGCGUCUGGAGGCCAUGGAGGCGGCCCACCGCAGGGCCCUGAUGGAGCUCCAGCAGAGUCACGCCAGGGAGGUCCGAGAGCUGCAGAGACAGAGACUACUGCAGGAGGAGAGCCAGGCCACGGCACAAGCAGUUGAGGCCCUGAAGGAGGCUCACAGGGAGGAGCUGGAGAGGGAGGUGGAGAAAGCCAGAAGGAUGACUGAAGGGGGUGGCCAUAUGGGUACUACGCACAGAGGACAGACGCCCCAGGCUGAUGCCCUCCACAGUGAGUUGGACGUUCUGUCAGAGAGAUAUUCACAGAAGUGCCUGGAGCUGAACCGGGCCGAGCAGAGAGGAGGAGACAGAGAAACAGAGCUGAGCUGGAAGGACAGAGAGGUGGAACAGCUCCGCAGAGAGAACCAGGAACUGCAGGCUCGUCUGACUGAGGAGAUCAGCCGUAUGCGCCACUUCAUCACAGGUCAGAGGUCAGGAAACGUCUCCCCUGGCAACUUUGAGCGCAGUCCCUCGGAAUUGGAAAUGCUGCUACGAGCAAAGGAGAUUGAGGUCGAGUACCUACAAAAAGAGAUUGGCUGUCUAAGGAAUGAAGUGCAGUCUCUAACUAAGGAGAAGCAGAGUUUGUGUGACCGCUACAAAGAGGUGUACGUGGAGCUGAUUGGGAUGAAGGGUCGCAGUGAGCUGGAGAUCAGGGACCUCAGGGAGCACCUCAGACUGACUAACGCAGCGCUGCACGAGGAGAGAAGAGACACCUGAGACUGGCCAACGCAGCGCUGCAGGAAGAGAUAGAGUUGGUGGAUGGAUAGUUGGAUACCUGCUGUGAAGAGCCAAGAAGCCAUGCAAUAGCACAAUGUUUGUUCUUCGUUAUGGCUGGCUGUGGUUAGCCUGGAAUUCUCCAAACUGAUAUGCUCUGUUUCAACAUAUAGCAAAGUGAAACCG